AUGGCGGCGGCGGCGGCGGUGUCGGCGGCGCUGCGGGCCGGCGCGGCGGCCGUGGCGCGGCAGGACGCGGCGGGGCGGGCGGCGCUGGCCGCCUGGGCGCCGCUGCUGGGCGCGCUGGGCGGGCUGGCGGCGCAGAUGCGCGCGGCGCGGCGCCUGGCCUGGGCCGGCUCGCCGCUGGGCGCCUUCGGCGGGCUGCGGGCGCGGCUGUGGCGGAAGCAGCGCGGCGCGGCCGAGGCGGCGCUGGAGCAGCUCGGCGGGCGGCGGGCGGAGCUGCGCGCCGUGCGCGACGCCGUGGCGGCCGCCGUGGCCGCCGUGCUGCGGCUCUACGAGGAGCGGGCGGCGGAGCUGGGCCUGGCGGCGGCGCUGCGCCGCGGGCCGCGCUGCCCCUCGCUGGCCGAGGCGCUGGAGGGGCUGCAGGACGUGGAGCGGCACUACCGGCACUUGUACCUGGAGAGCAAGCUGCUGCUCCUGCGCAUCAGCUGCGACCGCCUGGAGGACAUGGAGGCCCUGCCGCAGUCCUGGGAGAGGAUCCUGGAGCGCCACAAGCCGGACGUGGUCCAAGAUGCACUUCUUAAGAUCUCUCUCUUUCUCGACAAUCAGUGAGAGUUGUGUUACUAACCACGCUCCUGAGGGAGAACAGGAUACAGUGAUGCUGAUCAGCUUCUGUAAGUGUCUAGCACGUGACUCUUCAGACAUAUUCAU